CAAUUAUGUUAGCUAUUUAAGUAUUUGACUAAUUAUUAUUUGAUUGUAAAACAUUAUCCGCUGUGAAUAUGUUAAAUAAUUCAAUGGAUUAUGAAAGUACUCAAGAUGUUUCACCCUAUUCACCGGAAUAUUUAUCAAACUGGAAACAUGAAGUUGGAAAGAAUACAACCACUAGUACUACUACUAAUAAUAAUAAUAAUAACAGUAGUAUUGUCAAUACUGAAGAUAAUGAAAGCUUGAUGACAACGAAAACUUCAGGACAAUUACAUUUUUCUAUUGAUGCAUUAUUAGACGAUGAUGUCGACGUCAAUGUUGACAAUGAGGAUGAGGAUGCUGAUGAUGUUAUCCAUGAUGGUAAUGAAGAUGAUCAUGGAAUUAUUGACUAUUAUCAGAAUGAUAUCUGUCCACCAAACAAUCAUCAUUAUUGUUCCUUUAAUACAAAUAAAGAUAAUUCAGAAAUGAAAACGGUUGAUUUCAACUCAGAAUCUGACAAUGAAAAUAUUUUACAUAAGGAAGAUCACAUGAACAAGAAACAAAGUCAUUUGAAACAUAAAUCGAAUGGGAAUAAUUCUACAAAAAGUGAUAACAAUGUGUGUAAUGAACAAAAACACGCUGGUAAAGUUAAAAAACACUAUGAUCGUCAUAAGACUGUGGAAUCAACAAAUACAUAUUCGUCUACAUUGAUUUGUCCAAAUAAAGAAUACAACUAUAACAGUCAUUCUAAUAAAAGUCAUAACAACACUCCUACUACUGCUACUCCUAAUAAUAAUAAUAAUAACAAUGAAUUGAGUCAUAGUCAAAAUUCUUAUUUUAAACAACAUGAAUUUUAUAAUCCAUUUCAUGAAUCAGCGUAUAAUGAUUAUUUAACAUUUGGAGGAUUAGGCUAUCGACCUGUUCCACCGAAAUGUACUCUUCGAAAGCAUAAACCAAAUCGUCGUCCAAGAACACCAUUUACAACACAACAGUUAUUAGCAUUGGAAAGAAAAUUUCGUCAAAAACAAUAUUUAUCUAUAGCUGAACGUGCAGAAUUUUCAAAUAAACUUACAUUAACUGAAACACAAGUGAAAAUAUGGUUUCAAAAUCGUCGAGCAAAAGCUAAACGCUUACAAGAAGUUGAAACAGGCAAAUAUCAAUUAUCACCAAAUGAAAAUUUAGAAACCGCUUUAAUUGUAGCCAUGUCAACAGCUAAUCAAGCAUCACAAUUAAGUAACAACAAUAAAGACAAUAUUAGACCUCAUGACUUAUUGACACAUGAAAUAAAAUCAUGCCGUUCUGAUGCAGUAUCUCCUUCUUCACCAGGCACAACAAUUCUUCCAUCGCAUCCAUGUAAAACUUUUUCGUGUCCACCUAUCCCCCCUCCACUGCCACCACCUCCUCCUCCCUUGUGUCUUGCUGGAGUUACACCAUCGUCAGUGUCACCUUCUGCAUCAUCUUGUUAUAUGUGUUCCAGUAGAUCUCCAAAUCCUCAAUGUUUACAUAGAGCAGUAGAACUUCCUACAAAUACUAAUCUGCCUUCUUUUCCUAAUAUUCCUACCAGUAAUUCUAGUUCUACACCUUCUCCAUCUACGCGAUCAUAUUUAUCUCCUAAUAUUUCACAUGAUUAUCCUUCUCAAAACAGUAAUAAUAAUAAUAAAACAUAUUUGAAUUAUGAUGAACAAAACUUACUGAAUACAAGUAAAGCAAAGUCCUCAUCAUCUUCGUUGUUAUCACUAAAACGGUUAUCAUCAGACAGUUAUCAAGGUCAGCCACUUCAUUAUCCAAUGAAUACACAAAAUAUUACUCACAUAGAUGUCAAUAGCAUGACUACUUCUUCGAAUCCUGUAUCACCUAUGGUUACUUUCAUCAACAACAGUACCAGUAAUAAUAGUUCUUCGACUGAAACCAUUACUGAUAUCACCAAUACAACUAAUAAUAAUAAGAGUAAGAAUAUGAAUGGUGUAACGCAUAAAACAUCAAGACAUACAAUCUCCUACUUUUCAAAUGGUCAGAGAGUUGAUAAUGAUGAUUAUGAGUGUAGUGUCACGAAUAAAAAUGAAAUCAAUAACGGUAUUAAUAGUAAUCCAGAAUUACUGCAUAUUAAUAGUAACAUUAUUAAUAAUCAUAAUAAUAAUAGUAGUAACAAUACUAAUAUUGACAUGAAGUAUGAUUCAAUUACAAACUUUCAAUCCUUACUUAAUAAUUUACAUUAUAAUUCAGAAGGAAAAGAUAAUCUGAAAACAAUUGAAACAUUGAUUGAUCCGUUGUCAUGGUUAUAUGCAGCUAGUCAUUAUUAUCAACAAUACAAUAGUCAGAAUAAACAAAUAGGCAAUAAUUCUUCAAGUGAUGAGAUAAAUAGUAAUAUUUCGAAUUUGGAUAACUCCCAACAGCUGUCUGAAACAGUAAUCAAUGCUGACCGUCCAAAUGUUGACACUAUAUUGGAGUAUAUUUCAAGAAUUCAAAAUCCUAGUCAUUUGCUGCCAAUGUCACCGUCAACUUCAACAGCCUCUUCCUCCUCCUCUUCCUCCAUCAUCUCGUCUUUAUCUUCAGUAUUGAAUUCGUCUACAUCAUCCGUAAAUACAGAAAAGUUAACACAGGAUCUUUUCAAUAUAUUUGACUAUUGUACAAGUAAUUCAAGCAGUCAACACCAUUCAAUGCCACCAACAAUACCAACAAAUUUAUCUCAAUUGCAUAAUUCACCGAUAUUACCGAAUUUAAAUGAUUUUAAUUCUAUAUUUUUAAAACAACUCUCUGAUAAUCUAUUCAAUCAAACAAUGAAUUUAUCAAAUUCAAUAUUAAAUUCAUCUUAUUUUUCUAAGCUUAUCCCAUCUUCAUUUCAACUGCCAACAUUUACGAUGAAUACAACACUAGGCGGGAAUAUCAAUCCAAUCCCUCAAUCAUUGAUUAAUCUGUCAACGUCACUAUCAUCAGCAUAUGAUUCUAAGAUAUUCAAUACGCCUACAGAUUGUAUUAGUAAUACUCUAUCGUCAUCCUCCGCCUCUUCACUAGAAUUAACAAAUAGUGUGAAUGAAAUUCAAAUCUCUCCUGUUGAACAACGUUUUGACAACAACAACAACAACAAAAGCAAUAAAGCCAACAAUGGUACUAAUUAUAAUUUCAGUCUAAUGAAUGGUAAUCAUAAUAGUUUUAAUACGGAUACAUUGACUUCACUGAGAAAUUCUGAAACCAGCCUGGUUACUGAUAAUUUAAUGGCUUCUGUUUAAGAUCCAUUCAGAAGUGGAUGCAACAACAUACACGUGUCAACAAAAAUACAUACACGCAUGUGGAAAACUUUGUACAUAGAUGAUCCAUUCUUGAGUGAAGGAGAAUCUCUUCAUUCUAGGCGCAUACUUUUAUCUUUUCCGCCGUUUCAUAUCAUUUAUACUACACGUGUCAAUGGCAUGGAAAGAAAUAAGUAAAAACAAAACAAAAACCGAGUCUGUUUUCAAACAAACUUUUAUUUGUUUAUUUCUCUUGUUUACGAGUGAAUAAAUUGUGAGUUUAAAUCUCCAAAAAGAGGUUGAUUUCAAUUGCAGUAGGAAUUUUUGAAGUGUCACAAGAAAAGAUAGAGACAUAGAGGAAGGAAAUGGAUAUUAUGCUGGUUAUUUCAUUGAUAAGAUCAUUGCAAAUGGUGCCCGAAUAAGUGAACAAUAAAAAAUUUUAUUCUUUACAUAUUCAUCGUGAAUACACCUAAUUUCCUCUCAUUAUUCCUUAACUUAAAACUCGCCUUAUCAUUAAUCCUGUUUCAAAUAUUACCUCCGCACAAGUACCAAUAGUUUUCACCCACUUUCCAACUGUCAUUACUAUUAUUAUUAGUAGUAGUAAGUAGUCAGUGAUCGUUUUCUGCAUAUCUCUCUCUCUCUCUCCUCACAAUAAACUGAGCAUAUGUCAUUCCCCUCCCCUCCCCAUGCCCUCAUUCAGUAUAAUUAUGCACACAUAAUUCAAUAUCUUUAACACAUCUGGAUAAAUGCCUAGCGUAAUAAUUUCUCCAACCAUUUUACUAAAUUGUACAAAUAAUAUUAUACGUUUGUGUUGAAAGUGAUUGCGUGUAAUAAAAAACAAACCCAUAAAAUUCUAUUGUGUGAAAG